AUGUUUAGGACAACUACUAGGCUGUUGAUAAAUACUACAGUCAGGUCAGCUAAACCCUCGCUGAAUGCAUUCACGAGGGCACCACAAACACUUCUACCAAGGUUGCAUCAUCACCAAUUGAUCAAGCUUUACUCAACAAAAGAUGGUAAAUCGGCCGCCGAUAAGGGCAAAAAGGCAGAUGAACCACAGUCAAUCUUGAAUGACGAUAUGCUUGCUAGAGCUGGAUUUGAAGAUCUUGAAUCUCAAAAAAACGGCAAACAACAGUCCCAAAAGGAUGGUAAAACUCCACAGGAACAGAAGCAAAAGCAAGAGCAAGAGCAAGAACAGGAAUUUGAAGACGAAGAUGGAUCCCAAAAGUCUUCAAGGCGUAAAAGAAGAAGAGCACAGACUUCAAAAGACUUAAAACGUGAGAGGUAUGCCAAUAUCUUCUACUUGUCCACUUUGGUUGGAGGAGCACUUGGAUUAGCAUAUAUGAGUAGAGAUUGGGACUCAGAAAAGGAACAAGAAGACAUGGAUGGGAAAGGAAUUGCAAACGGAUACACUCCGUCUUUAAUGUACGAAAGAAUGAGUAAACGAUUAGCAUCCUUGUUCACAUUCUUUUCCGAGCCAGCUUUUGAAAACUUGUUGCCACCACCAGCACCGGAACAGUACCGCCGUCCUUUGACCUUAGUAUUGACAUUGGAUGAUUUAUUGAUUCACUCUGAGUGGGAUACCAAACAUGGAUGGAGAACUGCCAAAAGACCGGGUCUUGACUAUUUCUUGGGUUACUUAUCGCAAUAUUAUGAAAUUGUCUUGUUUUGUUCCAACUCGCAAAUGUUUUCUGAAAAGGCUGUUGGUAAAUUAGAUCCAUAUCACGCGUACAUUUCAUACGCAUUAUUUAGGGAAGGAUGCCGUUACAAGGAUGGAAAAUUGAUCAAGGAUCUUUCCUUGUUGAACAGAGACUUGGGUAAAACUGUAAUGGUUGAAGUUGAUCCGGAUUGUGCGUCUUUGCAACCAGAGAAUGCUAUCGUUGUUAGGAAAUGGGAUGGUAAGCCUGAUGAUUAUUUGAUCCGUUUGAUUCCUUUUUUGGAAUACUUGGCAACCCAACCUGUUAAAGAUGUUCGUCCAAUCCUCAAUUCUUUCAAUGAUAAAUCAAACAUCGUUGAAGAAUUUACCCAACGUGAGACAAAGUUGAGGCAACAAUGGAAGAAGGACCAUCCUUCGGAUAAGCCUAAUGCCGCAAAUUUCCUUGCCAAGAUGUUGGGAAUGCCAGUGCAAGAACCAAAGAUGCCUUUGGACAUCAUUAGAGAACAUGGUCAAUUACAGUAUCAACAUUUCCAAAAGUACUUGCAAGAAAAUGCAGCUAAAUUUUUGGAGGAGGAACAAAAAUUGAAGGAUGAAUUUGGUAAAAUGACUUUGAAUAAAUUGAUCACUGAAGGUGGUCCAAAUCCAGAAGAGAUUGCCAAAGUACAACAACAAAGAGCAGCCGAAGAAGCUGAAAAACAAAGGCAAGCAGAAUCUACCAAAUAG